AUGCGCUUGCUACACCACUUCGCUACCCACACUGCCGCAACAUUAUCAGAUCAUCCAGAAGCUCAGAUUAUAUGGAGGACUAGCGUGGUUGAAUGCUCUUUCCGACAUCCAUUUCUGCUUCAGGGUAUCCUAGCAGUCGCUGCACUACACACCGCAACUAGCAACCCCCAAGAAGAAGAUAGGCUAUCCAUGAUGGCUGCAAGUAAACAGAACACCGCUUUAAAAGAAUUUCGCACACAAUUGCAACAAAUUACACCGAAAAAUUGCGAUGCUUUAUUCGCAUUCUCUUUCCUCGCUGGAUACUAUGUUCCAGCUUCCGCGGGCACCGUCAUCAAUCCGUCAGCCAGUUUUUUGAAGGAAGACCUUUUCAAUGCAAUGGUAUAUUGGCUACGACUCUGUCGUGGUACCAGCAGUAUUUACCAGUAUGCGAAGGAGUGGAUCAAACAGGGGCCUCUUGCUAAUCUCUUUUGGACGAACCAGUACUCUGAUAAGGAUCGAUCCAGCGAGGUGCGCGAUGACUAUUCCCUUCAUACGCCAUACGAGCAGCGCCUGAGUGAUUUGGAGACCAUGUGCAACCAAUUAUCAGGCCGAGAAGAGGUUGCUAGUGAGACGGUCGUUGAGGAGAGGGAACUCAACACUCAUGCUCUCAAAAUAUUCCUGAGGCUCUUCUGUUGUUUGAAUACGCUGGCCUCUAAGAAGCCGAGAUCUACGUUCCCUGAUGCCGAUAUGCCUAGCAAGCCUAAUUCUGUCAACAGCACGGGAAAAAGUCCAUCUGACUUGACUUUGUCGUUGGCUUGGCUGUUUGAGAUUCCAUUAGGAUUCAUUGAUUUACUGGAACAACAACGGCCUGUCUCCUUGGUGAUAUUUGCUCAUUUUGCGAUUUUGCUGCUUCAUGCACCGCAGUUCUGGUGGAAUGAGCCGAUUGCGAGGAAAAUCGUGAAAACGGUAAACGACUCUCUGGCUCCCCGAUACCAUCGGCUAAUCCAAUGGCCUAUCCAUGAAGUCCUUCAGCGAUCUCACUAA